CUACACUCACUGACUCUUCCACCAAUAUCUACCUUUGUCUUAAUGAGGUGAAAUUAUAGGCAACCAUUCUUACUUUCUAAAUACCCUUACUUGUUGGCCACUAUCAUCAUCCACAUCGGUGGUCUAGGUGCCUGAUACUCGGGUACCCGCUCCGUGUUUCUGCCUGGCCAGUACCCACGGUUAGAUACCUCCAGUUACCCCAGCUCAAGCUCCCACCUCCGAUAGCCCCGUCCGUGCCAUGUGCCUAAAUCGUCAUCCAACGCAUCCAUACUGGAAGUAGGCAACAAUGGCUCCACCAGAACUCUCACUCAUCUACUUGAGAUAAAAGCCCAACAACUGCCUGGAUGUGAUUCCACUUCAGCUGCACCCUUUUACUCCUGUCUAUCUACCCACCAUCUGUUUUUGAACAACAAUAAUGUCUCAAUCAACUCCCCAAAUACUACGCAUUCCAAGAUCAGAUGACACCGAAAGAUAUGUGCUUCUCCACGUCUCUCGCCCAAAGGACUCCCAGUUCGAUAUAGAUGUCAUUGCCACUGAAGGGGAAAGCCCAUAUUCGGGCACUGUAAGACAGAAACGCCUUAAAGACCUUCGCGCAAAAAACUACCAUGGGAGCGACGAUGAGUGGAUCAAAAUCCUGUCGUACGUUUUUGGUCAGGAACAAUGCAACGCAGGGCAGGGCUUGUUAUCCGGUAUUGAAUCAUCAGCCAGCAUCGUUGGAUCUGACGAUGAGGACAAAGAGAUGAUCAUCACGAUAAGGAAACGCGUACAGUCUAUAACUCAAAGGCUUGGUUCUCUGACCCUUAAGCAAAACGAUGACCAAGCCAUCGAGCUUUUCGAUUGGUCUGGUGUAGCCGUCUCGAGAGCGCAACAUCUCGAGCAGCAGCUAUCUACCUUGACUGAUCGUUACCAAGCCGCAGAGACCACGAUUGAUGAGCUCACUAAACAGCUACAAGACUUUGUCCAAACCAAAAACCAACACGAGGAGCAACUGAUGGGGAAUUUCGCCCAGCUCUUGAAUGAGAAGAAGCUCAAGAUCCGUAACCAACAACGACUGUUAUCAUCCGCCAAAGUAGACCCAGAGAAAAUGUCUGCCCUUGAUACGACACUGGCGGACGGGUCUCCCGUACAUCAGGGUCAGACUGGGAAGCGCGGUGUCCCUCAACCCACCGACGACGUAUCCGAGAGCGAAGACGGGUUCGAGGAAAUGCAAAUCGACGAUAGUGGGCCGAAACAGAGCGAGCAACCAAACGAAGAAGCACAAGCUGCACAACAGCGAGAUUGGGACGAUGAUUCCACGACCGGGGGGUCUGCUUCAUCGACCACUGAUGCAUCGGAUAAUGAGAAGACAUCAGGCGACAAAGAAGCAGCACCAGGUGGUCCGACUAUCAAGAAAGCACCCCUGGUGCCUCCACCGCGCAGAUCUCUGCCUUUCCAGAAGAGAUCCAAAAGCGACAUGCCACAGGUGGCCAGAAAGGAGGAUGCCGGAGUAGGCAGUACGGAAGGAUCUGAUGAUGAUGAAUUGUAAACUUUGUUUAUGGUGAUUGGCAAAUAGGAUACCUCUCUUCCAUCUAAUUCAACUUUCCAUGUCUACUGGGGGGUUUCUAAGCCGUAUGUGCAACCGGGCUGUGGUUAAAUCACGGAUAGGUCUAGUGAUCCCAAGUU